AGAUGUGGCCUCGGCUUGGAAGAGUCUUCAGAAAGCCAAAGCAGUGCUACAAAGGAUUGAAAACAAAUUUUAUCAUCAAACAUGGAGUUGUGCCAAAUCACAGGCAGCCAGAAGAAAUCUUUGGCAUGAAAAAAGCUUCGAUGGUGAGAGGAACAAAGAUGAAACAGCUUUGAAUGAGAAAAAGAGCAAUGAGAGUCCUUCAGCCUGCAGGGAGUGGUCCAUUCUCAGCUGUCCUGCUCCCUACGUACCACUGCUCAUCAGCCAGCAGGCCCAGGGAUCAGAAACGGGAAGACUUGUGGAGAAAAUCACCCCCAAAAAAGUUAGAGCAACUCAAGAAGAGAAUCCAAGAGCAGAAGCAAAAGCAGCAAGCAGCAUCUCAGGAGCUGAAGUGCCUGAUUUCUGCCUAUGCUGAAGAACCACUGCAAAAAAGACCCUUGAAGAGAAAGGUGUGCAAAAUGGCAUCCGUUCCUCCUGCUCCAGUUUACAGAGGUUUUAGUGCUGUGAACCCGAGGUCUGCUCUUUCCUUGUCUGAUGAAGAGCACAGAAUACGAGGCAGAGAAGAAUUUACCAUCCCUGGACAAGGGAAGAAUUAUAAAAAAGCCCCCAAGAUCCCAGACCAAAGAGAGAGAAGCUCAGCAUGGAGAAUUCAAGCGGAAAGCCAGAGGCAGCCUUCACCCAAGUCCUCUGGUCUGGAGAGAGCAGUGACAGGUAAAGGUGCGAAGCUACCUGGGGUUUCUGCAUGGAGAGAAGGUCAGAAGUUAGCUAGAAAGUUGCUUGGUCGACCCCCUACAUUUCCAAAUCUGAGGAGCACAGCUGAAGAGCAGACCACAGCAAAUACCGUUGAACCUGAUAGAGGAUUUGUAGCAAUGCCAGCGAUGGAAAACAGCUCCAGAGAAAAGGGAAAUGAACCUGUGGGGAAAAGCCUGGAAUUCAAAAGCUGCGUGAUUCCCCCCAGCAAAACUAUUGGAAGGGGCAGCAAUGCACCAACCGAGGAUAAAAAACAAAUACUCAGGAACCUACAUCUGCAAAGCCAGUAUCAUGAUGAACACAGAGAUAGCAGGCUCCCAAAAGAUGCUGCAAAAGGAAAGGUACAAGUUUUGCAGCGAUACCUAGGGAUCCAUUCUCCUUCACCUGGACCUCGGGACAGAACUCACUCUGCCUUCAGUGGGGAAGAGAUACAAUCUUCAUUAAAGAAAGCUGGAGCCAAGCCCAGCAGCUCAGGAAGCCGCAGCAGAGGAAAAAGCACAUCCCCUCAGAGACAGAAAGGCUCAAGCAGCCCUGCACAGAAAGGAUCUGAGAAAGAAAACCUUAAGCACCCUUCAAAGAGGAGGGUAAACGUUAAAAAACCUCACCUCUACAGCCCUGAAAUUGUUCAGGAAUUUAUGUAUCGAAAGAAUGCAGAAAGAAAGAAAAAAAGCAUAGAAGAGAAAAAGUCUUUGGUGCAAGCCAUGGAGAUGAGAAAUAAGAGAUUGCAAGAAGUAUACAGGAAACAGAAAGAAGCUAUUGGGAAAAAAAGGCGUUCUGACCAGAUGCACAAGCUCAUCAGGGAAACGGCUUCUGCAAAAGAAAGUCCUCAGUGUAAAACUGAGCAAGAGCAAACCAGUGGUGGAACCCUGGAGAGGAGUUUCAUGGCCUGGGUGGAUAAAACAUCCUGUACUCCCUUAAGUGAAGAUCACAGAGACAGGAAUCAACUUCUAGAAACAGUUCAACCAUCCAGAAAAAGAGAGGUAUUAGCUUCUCCAGCACAUCUGGAAUCUGAAUGCUGGUUUCUCAGUCCUCUGAAAUGUGAAGAUUUCUCUUCCCCAGCUCUGUAUACACCCCCUCUGAGCUUUUCCCUUCCUCAGAAAGAUGCAAAACCUUACUCCAAGGACUUGAUUUCUGGUCUUUCUCCAUACAAAAGUAAACAGGAUCGAGUGAAAGCCAUACAUAACCUAUCCAGAGAACUGGCAGAAAAGAUUGAGGUGGCAACUAAGAGACUGAAUGCAGCAAGCUGGGUUAAAGACUCCGCUGACAAAACAUUGACAGGGACAACUUUGGACCUUUACAAUGAGUCUUCUUCUGUCCCAGAACCUGAGACAUCCAAGGAUGAGCAAGACAAGACAAUGACUAUACAAAUGCUUCUGGACACCCCAGAUGCUUUACAUGUGUCAUCAGGUUUUCCUGUGAAUAAGGACUCUGAAGUGGACAUAAGCCUAUUGCAUGAAAAGCCAAUAACCAGCCCAGCCUCUCCAUCUCACAGAUUCCUCACUAGAAGCCCACAGAGAGAACUCACAGCUCAGAAGAAUCACUACCGGUGCGAGACUAUUUCAAAAGUUCAGAACCAAGAGGAAAUUUCCAACCAGUCGCCCAGAGAGAGCCUGGAGACACCGGACAGCCUCAGAUUACAGCCCUCUGGCACUCCGAGCACUGGAGCCAAGGCUCACGAUGGCUUCAAGAAGGUCUUUGCUUCUACAGGUGAGGGAGACCCUAGCUGCACAGAACUGGAAGAGAAAUACAGAAGCCACCUGGACAAUUUGAGGCAAACCUCCCUACUCCUGGCUCACAAGCUGAAGGUCUAUCAGCUCCAGCAGAAACAGCAGCUUACAGUCUUGAGGGAGAAAGCAAAGCUAGAGGUUCAAGAAAGCCAGAGGUUUUUGAGUGACUUGCUUCAGCACAAUUCCCAGGAGCGCAGUAGCUCCAGAGGCAGUUAUCCUUCUGCGCCAAGACUGGACUGUGCGGAGCAAACGCGGAGAGGACGCCAACUGGGAGGUGACAACACAGCUGGCAGCAAUCAAGAGAUGCAUUCACUGAAAAAAUCUGCACUGAAGAUGAAAAGAGAUGGCAGCCCAGUGGAUCCCAAAAUAGGGGGAGAAAUCAACCUCCUUGUCCCAGACGUUUUUUACUGCUCGGCGCUUCAAGAAGGGACCCUGCCAGCAGAAGAUGGGAAGCCGCUGACCGAUCAUCAAACCUUGAAUCUGUUGCCACCUCCAGUGAAUCUGCCCUGUAGGGACGCCUCUGGAGGGAGCAGCGAGCAGGCCAGCUCCAACAGCCAGCGGAGCGAAGUCGGCCGGCACUAUGGAGGCUCCAGCAGCUUCCGCCAUUUCAGCUUGGCCCUGGCGGAGCAGUGCCUGAGGGGAGAAGAGCUGCGAGCUCGACACCAGGCCGCCCUCCUCAAACUCCGCAAAAAAGCUCUCCGGGAGAAAGCCAGAGCUGAGCUGGCCUGGCUGAGCCACCAGAAACGCUGUCUGGAAAACCUGCAAGAUCGUAAGGGAGCCUCUGCCAUGGCCGCAAGACAGCGCAGAGUCCUGAUGGAGCUGAGACAGGAGCAGGCAGAAAUCCAGCACCUGCAAAACAUGUACAGGGCAGCCCAUCAAGAAAGAAAACUCUUACUAAAGCAGCAAAGAGAAAUCUUGAUGAUGAAGGAUUCAACAGCACAACUCCAGGAAAAGAUGCAUAAUUUGGCUGAGAAGCAAGAGUUUAAGUCACAGUCACUAGAUGUCUCGCUUGCAAGGACCCCAGCAACUGAAGAAGCAAUAAAUCUGAAGACAAUGAGACUUAUUUCUAGUCCAAAGUUACACUCCUCUUCAGCAGAGUCUACAAUCCACCCAGGAAGGCCUGAUCUCUCAGGGAAUAGCAUGAGCUGUGUCCAGCUAAAGAGUGAACAAAGCAAGAAAUGGGAGGGCUUUUCUACUGACAACAAGAAAACACUGGUACAGUACCAGAAACAGGCAGAGGAGUCCCCAGGUUUGGAGCAGACCCUUGGUUUACGAGGUCCUGAUGCAUCUGAAAUGACGGCCAAGAAAGUGUGUGGUGCUACUAGUCAAACCACAGGCUCGGUCUUUUUGUUUGAAGACUGCAAAAACACAGAGCUUGAUGCUCAGGAUCAUGUUUUAUUACCUCUGGAACAUGCAAAUUCAGCUAGAAUGGAUGAACCUGCAUCUACCCCCAUUACAGGAGCAGGCAGAAAGUGUCUGUUUCCAGAAUCUGUGCUGGAGGAAGAGGUGCUUAUUUCAAACCCAAAGAUAGAUCCUGAAGACAAUGAAGAUAUUAAUCCAUGUGACAGCAAGUUCACAGUGAAAGGCUUGGGGAUGCUUUCUACUUUGUGUAACUUAUGCCUGGUUCAGGCAGAAAAUACUCUUCAAGGAACUGGUGUUGCUACAUCAUCCUUAGAAGAAGUAGAGAAAGCACAUGAGGAUCAAAGCAGUCAUAAAAGUCUAAGAGAAAAGCAGGACCCUUGCAGCCCAUUUCAGGCUGGGAAAAAGAAGAAGGAUCCUUCCUCUGAUGAUGAAGAUGAGGAAAGAAGAUCAACGUUGAUUUCAAAUGGAGUUACAUUAGUGAAAACCCAGUUAAGAAAAGAAAGGUCAUCAGAAGAACAGAGAUUUAGCACAAACUCUGAGAGAAAACUGGAAAUCGCACGUAUAGAUGAAAAAGCACCUUCUGAAAUCUCUUUGUCAGAAGUUAAAGAAGUGGAAAUGCCUGUUCCUCAUGAGAUCCAUCAGGUGGAUGCUAGUCAGUGUUUGAAGCAUUUGGACCAUAUUUCUCAUGAAGCUUCUGAUGAAGAACUGAAUUUAAAAGCUUUUUCUGAAGGAUUAGCUUCUACUGAAUCAUCGUCCAAGUCAAACAACUUCUCUCCGAGAUGUGAAAGUGCCAAAUCAGACUCUUCACUCCCAGAGUUUCAGAAGGUGUCUGCAAUUUGGAUUGAUAUCUCAGAAAGCUCCAUUUCAGACUCUGAGUUAGAGCUGAAAAACGGACAGGACACAGAUGUUAGCAUCCCAGAAGAGUUUGUCUCUGACAACGCUGAUGUGUUUCCUAAUGUUUCAAAAGAGAUGCUAAUAGCAAUAAGUAAUGGAAAGGAGACAUUACCGAGUGACAAACAUGAUGAUCAUGAAGUGCCUGACGAUGACAGCACUGAGACUUCAUCACACUCCCAGAAAUACCCUGGAGAUGUUUCAGAUCGUGUCUGCACGGAUGAUUUGCUUGCUUUCAUUCCAUCAGGCAAAAUAAAUGCCUCCAAACCAAAGUCAGCAGAUUUCUCCCAACCUGAUAACCCUGCCAAGGGAAUGGAUGAGAAACACCUGGGUACCUCGGAAAAUUACAAUAGAAACAAAACCUGUUCUCAGCAGAUCAUAAAACAGGGUAAAGAUGCUGUUGCCAGCUCUUCAAGCAGUGAUGAUAUUUACUCACCUAAAAUGAACACAACGAAACUUAGUUCUACAACUAGCAGAGUGAAAAAGGAUGGUGGAAUUAACAGAUUAUUUGUAGAUCAAAAUAAAGACCUAAUGGGGUUUCCACUGACAGGUUCUUUGAAACAUCUAGAUUUGGUUACUGACCAACUUAGGUGGCAAGGAGACAGUGUUCCUGACAAAGAUACUACAAAUAACAAAUUAAUAACAUGUCUAUCUUCAAGAAACUUAUCAGUUUCAGGAGGCAAAAAUAAUCAUGCACAGCUUUUGAAUGAGAGACUCACACCCAGUAAACUCAGUAAGGUUGUAUCUCUGCCCACAUCCGUGCCAGGAAUUUCUGAGGAAGUCCACCCAGAGACCAAUUCACUGGAGUCUUUGCAAAAGGUGGCCACAGGAAAUCAAAACAACUCAACAAGUGAAAGACAAACCAUAAAGGAAGCAAGGAGGGGACUGUUUUCUCCUUUCUCCUCAAAAAGGCAAUUGUUUCAAGCUGAGAACUGCUCUUCCAAAGGUGAAGGUGACACCAUUUUUAUUAGUGACGAGGGUGUCCCUCCAACUGAUGAGGAUACGUUGUCAGAAAUCCUGUCUCCUGCUGAUGAAGUAUUGUCCUAUGGAAGUGCUGACUUGCCAUCCCCUAAUAAAAAGGAUUUGUCAUUUCCCAGUGAAGAUCUUCCUCCUCCCCCUUUAGGUGCAGAUGCAAUGAAAAAUGAUGAUUCUACCUUCAGUAUGGAUGACUUCCCAUCUCCACCAGAACAAAUGACAGUCUCAGAGACUAGACAGUGUAUGGAUGAAGAUGUAUCACUGAAAAUGGAUGCAUUACCCCCAUUACCCGAUAACACUCUGCCUAAAGAAUUUCCCCUGCUCAAUCGAGAGAAAACUGAUGCUUUUUCAACUCAGGACGGUAGUCUCUUGGAACAAUCUUUAGUUAAAACUAUUUCCAGUGCAAAAGAGGGUUCAGAAUACCAACAAAGAGAACAGGAGGCAGCUUUGCAGCAUUUGGAGUUUCUGCCUGUGUCAAACACUGUUUCUUCUGAUCAGGCCAGUAAAAGUCCCGACUUCAUGAUGAAACAAUGCAAAACAUCCUUAACACUGCCCAAAGAUGAGGAGGACAGUGAUGACCCACUAUUAUCUUUUGAAAUUGGGGACAGGGUGUUAGUAAAGCAGACCCAGCCUGGAACCCUGAUGUUCAAAGGACGGACUUCUUUUGAUAGUGGCCAUUGGGCUGGUGUUGCACUUGACAAAGCUGAAGGUGAUAACGCUGGAACUUAUCAAGGGGUGAAGUAUUUUGAGUGUGCUCAGCACUGUGGCAUCUUUGUCAGACCUGAUGAGAUUUCACAUCUCUUGGGGGCUAAUGAAAAUGGUUCCGAUUACACUGGGGAUGAAGACUCUGACUCCUGUGAUGAGGAAUCCUUCAAUGGAGACUGCAAAUAUUCUGAAGACGGUGAGCAGAGAGCAGGGUUUACAGAGGAGAAAGCAGAAGACACAAAAAGUGCAGGAGAAUCAGAAGUGAAAGAAAACCAGUCUAGGUUACAUACUGCCUUGCAGUCUGGAAAAGGGCAAAAGUUUCCACAUUCUGACCCGUGUAAGUGUAAUGAGUUCCUCUGUCCAAAUAACUUAAUAUGCUUGGGAUCAGAUAAAGAAAAAACAGAACUGGCACAAAUAAAACAAAGGAUAUUUGCAGAUGUGCUUCUAAUGAAAACCAACAGAGAUGAGGUAAACACAAGCAAAAAUAUUUGUUGCUUGGUAGAAGAUCAGAAAAGAAAUAAACUUGCUGAUGACAUUGCAAGUGAACUCGGUACAAAGCUUCUGUUUGACACUUUAAUUGCAGUUUCUGAAACGGCUCAACACAAAUAUAAAAGUGCCUUUGAAAAAGACACAAUGAAUUAUGGCAAAGGCCUAAGACAAGAAGACAAUCAGAAACUGUUUCUCCUCAAAGAAAAUUCAGUUGCUAUCUUACCUGAACAAUCAGCAAAUGUUUCUGAUGUUUUACUGUGUGGUUUUGAUAUGCUUAGCAUUCGUAGUUGUCACACGGUAGCAGAGAGAAUUGUAACUAAAUUUGUAGAUGAUGCAGUUAAAGAAUAUAAGAAGAUUAAAAGAAAACACGGAUCAAAAGCAGACAAGAUAUUUUAUUCAUCUUCAGAGACUUCUCCAACUACUCUGCCAUUCCUUUUAAAAAUCCUUGAUGCUGGUGUUUUUGGAAGCUCUGAAGAUUUUGAUCAGCCUAAUUCUGACCAACAUAUGCUGGCAAGGCAAACACAAAAGCAAUACUUGUACAAAUUAGAUCAGUGGCACUCAGCUCCUUGGAAGAAAACUGUGGAAGUUCCUCUUGUGAUACCACAUUACAGUUCAUAUGUUAAAAAAUUGUCUGCAUAUGCUGUAGAAGAAUUAUGGAUCCCAGAAAACAUAUAUUCAAAUUUCAGUGUGCCAAAGCACUUUGAAUGUAAUGAUCUCCCAGGGAAUGAUUUGGAAACAGAAAGCAAGAGGAUGUAUAAUCAGGUUAUAUUUGAUUUGACCCAUGAGUUGCUGUGUGCAGAAUAUCAGGUGACUGCAAAUCCAAAUAUGUUUCCAUGGAUGAAAGAAAAUUUGGGAUCUCGCUGUUCCAGCAGUCUUUGCAGAAGAACAGAUGUCAAUGAUGUCAAGAUGUUUGUUCAGGGUGAAAUUAUUAAAAUAAUGAACCUGGAAAAGAAUGAUUUAGACACAAAAAGAAAAUUCCUUAAUAUGAUCAAGUAUGGAAACUGUAAGAGAGACAGAGUGGACCUUAUUCUGAUUCAGGAGCUCUGCAAAGAAGAAUCUCAGUGGACUUACUAUGGUGAUGAUGAAUUAACUGUGAAGAUGAGAAUGACUGAAGACAUAUUUGAUAGCUUGAUCCUUGAUACAAUCAAAGUUCUUAAUAAGAUUUAUCUGAGAAAAGCCUGUGCUUAGAAGUAUUUCCCUAAAAGGCCCUAAUGGAGGAAUUUUAAUCCCUGACUUCUUUAGACGAGAAAAGCAUGAUUUAACAAUUGUAAUUCUGAACUGGUACCUGAUACAAUUUUUAUGUUCAUGUUUAAAGGAUGCAAGUAGAGACUUAAGCAGAUAGAAAAAUAUUACACAAAAUAUUUUCCUUGUGUUUUAUGCUUUGGGAAUGCUCUUUGUUAUCAUGUUCAGGUUGUGAAUGAUGACAUGUGCAUUAUAUUUUGAAAAUAACAUUCAGAAAAUCAUAGGUGACUGUCUUAAGAAUAUAAGUGUGAAGAUAGAAUUAAAUCUCUUGGAAACGGAAUUGCUGUGCACCUCUGUAGUUUGGAAUAAACCCCUCUAACUGGAACAACUCUAAAACUUUUCCUCAAGGGCACAGCAGAGUUAAAGGUGUCUGUGCACCUUUCCUUUUUUUUUUUUUUUUUUUUUUUUUAAUAUGCUGUGGAACUGGUUAAAAGUAGCCUGGAGAUGUCUUCAAGAGACAUGUCCUAUGGAAUGAUCUUGCCCUGGCAGGAUCUAGAGACAGAUAUUCAGUUUUAACGUUUACAAAUGAGACACAUACUGAUGUAAUGCACUUUAAAUAGGAUGCUUUUAUGUUGGCAACUCCAAUUUCUGAAAAUUUAGUAUGUGCAUGCAAUUAGGUUAUUUAUCAUGCAAUUCACAUGAGCCCUUUGAAUUCUCACAACAUCUAAACAUAGGGUGCUGGCUCUGAAUUUUAAUUGGUAAAACAGAGGAAAUAAAUAAUUCUAUUCUUUUGCAUUGGCAAAAUUGGAAAAAACAAGAUAUUUAACAAGAAAAAUAAGCAUUCCCUGAGCAUGGUAACUGUUCACUAUGUAGAUUGCUGUGGUCCCACCGAUUUUGCAUGGAGAAAACUAAUGAUAAAUUUUUAUUUGUUAGUUUUUAAAAAUAAAUAUUGAGGAACUAUUUCUUACUGGAAAUCAGAAACUGUUCAUUAUUGAAUAGUUGAAUGUAAGUAGAUCUGACUUAUUCAAAUCUCAUUCAGGGUUUUUACAAUCUGGUUUUGGUGGGGAAAAACAGAAAUAGAGUUUAUGUUUCUAUUUUAAAAUACUGAUGCCUUAACUU